UGAAGAAAAAAAUUCAUGUACAUCUUGGAUGGGCUGAGGUAGAGAAUUUUUAUUUAUUUAUUUUUAGCAAAUUUUCCCUUAAAUUCCCUCAGAGGCAUAAUAGAGUAAACACAUUAUGUAUUUAUGUUUCUGUGUUUGUUCAUCUGUCUCCUCCCUCUUCCUGUUUGUCUUCUAUUUAUCUGAUAAGAAGACACUUAAUGAUCACGUUCACAGGGGAAAAGGGUUUAGAGAGAAGAAGAAAAGCUGGAAGUGAUGUCAAUGAACCCAUCACUUAUUUAUUUGCCUGCAUGCUGAACAUGCCCUAUCACUCAUACUCAGUCUCUGCUGGACACAUUCUCAAAAUACUGUGCAGUGGUGUUUUUUCAAACACUGAUUGUGCUAACUAGUUCUUUGAGCAAAUUUUCACUGAGAAUGGCCUCCAAUACAACUCUUCCCAUGCACUCCCACUCAGACGUCUCAACCCACUAUACAGUGGACAUUAAUGCCAUUAUGAAUAAUAUUACCAUUGUCCUCUACAUCAUUACCAUUAUCAUCGGCAUCACUGGGAACUCUUUGGUCAUCUGGGUGGCUGGCAUGCGUCUGAAGCCCAACGUCACUAAUGUAUGGCUGGUCAAUCUCGCUGUAGCAGACCUGAUCUUCUGCUUUACCCUUGUACCUGCACUCCUCAAAAAACUUUUCUAUGAACACUGGCCUUUUGGAGACUUUUUCUGCAAGUUCAGUGGUUUCUUCAAGUAUGCCAACAUGUUCUGCAGUGUUUUUCUUCUGGCUGUCAUCAGUGUGGAUCGAGUGCUCUGCAUCUGGCGUCCAGUGUUAACCAGAGAACGACGGACGUUAUGUGCUGCUCGUGUGGUCAGUGUGGGAGUUUGGAUUGUGGCAGUGAUCUUUAGUUCACCAUACUAUGUUUACCGGCAGGUCUACCCUGGUGACAAAAAUUUGAGCAAGUGCUCAAUGGAGGUGAAAGAAGCAUCAAAGGGUGACAAUUCAGCAAAGAACGCCUUGUACAGCAUUCGCUUCUUAUGUGGAUUCCUGUUGCCCUUCCUGGUCAUCCUGUGCUGCUACAUUGUAGCUGGCUUUGGAAUACGCAGAACAAGGUUUUCUGGUAAAACGAGGCCUCUCCGUAUUCUUGCUGGACUUAUUUUUGCCUUUUUCAUAUGCUGGGGUCCCUACCACUGCCUACUGCUUGCCAAGAUGGUAGACAAGAAGAGCCCCGCUGUUAAAGUGGGCCUGCCUAUUGCUAAAGUCUUUGCGUAUUUCAACAGCUGCGUGAACCCGGUGCUGUACUUCUGCAUGGGACUGGAUGUUAGGCAACGCUUCAGACAAAGCAUAUCAGGGAUUUAUCGCAGAGCACUUAUGGAAGAAGGCCCCACUUUGCAGCCCCAGGAAGGCACUGGGGAAGAAAGCUGUAAUUCAAUUCCAAAACCUGCAGGGAUUGUUUGAGACAGACUGUAGAGCAUGACUAAAGUUUAAAAGAGUUUUAUUGUAAUGUAAUUUUUGUUUUUUAGCAAUACCAGUCAAUGGGGAAAUUUUAGGGGAGGCCAUGUGAAGUGUGAAUUCUUUCUUUUUUGACAAUCAUACUACCAGACUAUCUCGAAUAAAUAUAAUUGAAUUAAGAACUUUUUAAUAGAAAACCUAAAAAGAAAACAUUCAGUAAGAGUAGUCUUCAUAAUUAAGAACUGUUAUUGGGAAAACCUAAAAAUAAUUAUGAAAUCAACAUGUAUGUUUGUGAAUAUGAUUUUGACACUUUUGCGGAGCAAACUGAUUCUUGCUUUUGACAAGCUUUAGAUUUGGAAACAGUGGUUUUUACAAGUCUGCUUCUUUGACUUUUUAGUAUUAACAUGUAAGCCACUGUUAAGCAGCUACUAAAUUUCCUUGCUCCAAAGCCAAUAAACUGUGGUCAAAACCAUAGACAUUUGUUCCUCUUUUCUGAUCAAGAUGUCCUAAAAAAAUUAUUCUCUGGACUUACUCAAAGUCUCUUUUAAUGAAAGUCUGUUCACUCAGCGGCUAUAUUUGCAAUGGCUCUGAGCAGAUAUUUGGGGCAUGCAAGUCCUACCUACUUGAAUGGGGAAAUUCUGAAAUCUUAAAAACUGCUCGCCACAUAUAACAUUUUAAAUAAGCAAUAAAAAUCUGACAUGAACUGUCACAUAAAAGUUGUUUCUUAUGCUAAAAUAUCAUUUUAAAAACCUUAUACAGUAUUCUAAGUAGGACCAGCCAAUGUGCAUGUGCAGUAAGCACACGUCUCAGAACACUGGCAACCAGAGCUUCUAACAGUAGUUUGGCCCUUUUAUUUACAAGGCAGUAAUUUUUCCGCCAUAUUGUGUGUUGCACUUUCUCCCAUUCAUAGUAAUGUGAGUGCACCUGCUUGGUAUUUCUAAUCUUUGACUUACUGCACUGAAUGCUAUGGUUUCUGGGACCCCUGAACAGCAUAUUGACUUGAGCCCCCCUUGGUAGAAUCGCAUUCCUGGAUUUUGAUAAAUCUAUUUAGAAAUAUUUUGCCGUUUUAUACAUUGUUUAUUGUUUCUUAGGCAUUAUAUGGUUAAAUGGUUAAAUAUAAAUGCAGCAUAGCUCAUUAUUGUUUUAAUAUGCAAACUGAUACACAAACGAAGCCUCACCUGUUGUGUUAAUGAACGAAUGACAAACUGUGUAUUCUUGACUGUUGAUAGGCUUGAAUGGUUACUGCUGAUAAUAAUUGGUUGAAUUAUAUAUUUUU